AUGGCCGAUGGAAGCGGAGACGCGGCAGCUCCGAAACCGCCGCUGCCUGACGGGUUUGGCAUGAGUAGAAUCAGCCAAGCUUGUCUCGCAUGCCGCAGGAAAAAAGUAACGAGCAACCCAAAUUUUUCUCAGUUUCAUCAAUCAUUCAUUCUCUCAAGAUGCUUGACCUGCGAGUAUCCGAAAAGCAGUGAUAACGCGUCCUCCAGUCGACAGUACGCUAACUCUCUCGAAGCACGAUGCCAACAACUCGACCAGUUCUGUGGCAGACUCGAGUCCCUGUCCAUUGAACUGACAGAGUCCAUCCUCGAGAUUAAGCAUCUCAGACACGCUCCUCCGGAUGUGAACUUUCACAUAGAUGAUGAGCUACAGCAAGCAGCACACGCCCUCCAAUCUCUUCCAACGGUACACAGUGGUAGCAUACCUACCAUCAAUGAGUUAUCGAUAGAAGUCAAUGCCACGCCCGAUGCUGGUGAAUUAAUCUCGGAACAUGCACAAGACAACAUAAACGACGCCAAUGACGACCAGGACACAUCGGAUGACAGCAUAGAUGACGACGACUUUGGCUCAUCGAAGGACAAUGGUGAAAUCAAAGGCAUGCCUAGCAAAUUUGGAUCACUGGUGACGGACUCGUACGGGAAACUACGGUACUUGGGUGGAGCGACAAAUAACGUCUUGGUCGAGGCGGUCAAAGGACUCUCACCUGGUUCCCUCACUUCCAUCCACAACUCAUCCCCCGGAUCGUCGAACCUUGGGCAAGGCGCAUUCAACAAUAUCGAAACUGCUCCUCCAGAAUUCGAGAUUCCAUUAUUUGUUCGCGGUCAAAGAUGGCAGGAACUUCCAUAUCUUCCACGAGCCGAAGACGUUCCUCGUCCUCCCAAAUACGUUGCGGACCUCCUCGUAAAUUUAUACUUCGACCAGCUGCACUACACGUUUCCUGUUCUUUACAAACCACAUUUCAUGUCCUGCUACAGAGAAAUGUCCUCGCCGCCCCCAGGUUCCAACGACAACGUGGAUGCUAAGUUUUUGUCGGUUUUCUUUGCUGUCUGUGCUUGUGCCUCGACGCUUAUCCCCCUAGAUGGGAAAUCAACGUCUUUUCCUGGCCUGGAUUACUACCAGAAGUCAUUGAUCCUUUACUAUGCGUCGACGGGGGAGGCUUCCGUUGAGAGAGUGCAGUGCAUUGCCCUGUUGGCAAUGUGCGCUGGAGGUUGGAAUACGCUGACCCAAAGCUGGACAUUUGCGGGACAGGCCGUCCGGGCGGCGCAGGACUUGGGUAUGCAUCUUAGCAGCCUAACUGCAGUUUCUACCGAGCCGGCAGACUUGAUAAAGCAGCAAUUGUCGCGGAGGAUCUGGUGGUCCGUUUACUGCCUCGAUCGAGUCACAUCCAUAUGUUUGGGCCGCCCGAUGGCUGCCGACGACGCAGACUGCCAUUGCGAUCUCCCCAUCGGCAAAAAGGAUGAAGAGUUGGAGGCACAUUUCCAGAAUACUGAACCUUCUGUUGAAAGCCCGCCUAUGACAACAUCCUCUCCGAUGACUGGCUUCCUAGCAUUUAUCCAGCUUUGUCGUAUAGGGGGAAAGAUCCAAAAACUUCAUUCACCAUCACGGAUAAGAGAGCUCCAAGAUCCUAAAAAGGCGAGAAAAUUCCUCCGCUCCGUUGUUUCUCUCCAGAAAGCCUUGGACCGGUGGCUUGCAGGUCUGCCAGAUGAUAUUCGCUUCUCUGCAAAUGCUACCGAGCGGGGUCCUAAUCUGACCAUGUGUGUCAUCAUGUUUAUUGUCCAUGCUGGAUCCCUAUUGAAUCUUUAUAGGUCGUUGUCGGGCAGUGCCGCACAAGCAACACUAGGUUCUCGUGGCGACGAAGCCAUGUCUCAUUGUGUCAGUGCGGCUCGAAGUUGUAUCAACGCCGCGGAACUUGUUCGAGAGCUGGUUCCUCCAUCGCAUCAUCUUGCUUUUUGCGUCCAUUAUCUGACUCUAUCAGGUUUAAUCUUACUAAGAAUACCGGAACAUCCGAGAGAGAAAUCCCAGGCCGAUGUUGAGAAGUGCAUCCGGUUUCUCAAAGGCCUGGAAUCAACGUGCUCUGGAGCCAGCAAGGGACGGGCUAUAAUUGAACACCUGCUUAAGGAAUCGUCUGCCCCAGACAUGGAUGGAUCAUUAGCUGACUUGCUGAAUGAUCCUAAUACUUCGUGGAACCAACUACCAGGCUCGGAGUUGUUUAGCUAUAGUUCUUUUAGUCCAGAUUUUCUUAAUUUGUAA